UACACGAGCAUCCUCUAUUCUACACACGUGCCCACAUCAUACAGUCAAUGGAUUACACCUUCUCUCUCCAAGUGCAACACCAUCUGACCGUAUACCCGUCACACUUAUACGAGGACUACAGCUUAGAGUUACAGAUGAAGUCAACAGAGGUGGAUCAAGGCCUUUUCACAGACAGUUACUGCAAAGUGUGCAGCGCUCAGCUCAUCUCAGAUUCACAGAGAGUGGCACAUUAUGAGAGCCGGAAACAUGCAAACAAAGUGCGUCUUUAUUACAUGUUGCAUCCAGUAGAUGGGGGAUGUCCAGCUAAGAAGCUCAGAACAGAUGACGGGAGUGAGGAGGGAGAUGUGGAUAAGAACAAGUGCUGUACACUGUGUAACAUGUCCUUUACUUCAGCGGUGGUAGCGCAGUCUCAUUACCAAGGCAAGAUCCAUGCUAAGAGGCUCAAACUUCUGCUGGGGGAACAGCCUGCCAUAACAGCCAAAGAGGUGACACCUAGUCCAGUGAAAACACCCUCCUCAGAAACCUCACCUGUGAUUUUCUGUGUAGGUCUAAAACGCUGCUACACAUGUGAUGUCUGCAGUGUCACACUGAAUUCAGUGGCACAGUAUCAUGCACACCUGCAGGGCUCCAAGCACCAAAACAACCUAAAAAAUCAGCUGUGUGUCCAGUGAACCAACAGGAAAAACAAGAUGAUUGGAUUGAUGUCAGACAAGCUGUGAUCAGCUUGCCAAGGAUUUUUUGCCUCUAUUCUGUCCUCCCUUUCUCUCUCUCUCUCUCUCUCUCUCUCUCCUUCUUUUACUCUGUUGUCUUACUCUCAACUUGACUGCAAAAGAAGAUCCUCUUAAAGUCAGCCUUUAGUCAUAAUGAACCCUUCCUCUACAGCAGCUCUCCUCCUCAUGACUCAAACACAGACAUCAGACUCUGAAUCUCUGGAGGAGAUGUGACUCUGUGAGAUGUGAUCUGGUACUUAUUCUGUUUUCGCGCCAGAAGUUUAUAUAGCUAAUCUCAGUCAGUUGUUGUGUGCAUGACUGAAUACUGUAUUCGUUGUCACUUUCUCAGCUUAGCAAUAUUUGUCCAAAAUCUGCCAAAUUAAUAUUUAAAAUCAUAACAAUAUUUAACAUAAAAAGAGAAUGCACUCUAUAGAAACCGUUGUCCACAUUUAUUUUUAUGUCUCUCAUUUUGAAUGCACUAUUUGUUGUUUGUGUGCAAACAAUACACAUUAUACAAAUAUCUAUGUGAUUUUGGCCUAUA